AUGGCAUCUGCUGCCACUGAUGCCUCCCGUCAGAUCACUGCAGUGACCCCAGAGAGAAAGCAACGGCAGCUCAUCGACAGGCUGCGAUCAGAGAGAGAACGGGAGAGAGAGAGGGACGGCAGUGAGUACGAGUUGUGUGGCGGUCUCUGCGGCUCGCAGGAGAGGCUCCACCCCCAGGCCUGCUGCGGAGUGGGAGAGAAACCCUUGCGUUGCUCCUACCCACCCUGCUCCAAGGCCUUCGUCUCCAAGUACAAACUCCUCAGGCAUAUGGCCACACACUCCUCGCAGAAGACCCACCAGUGCUCCUUCUGCGAGAAGAUGUUCCACCGCAAGGACCACCUGAAGAACCACCUGCAGACCCACGACCCCAACAAAGAGGCCUUCAAGUGCAAGGAGUGCGGAAAGAGCUACAACACCAAGCUGGGCUACAAGCGGCACGCGGCCAUGCACGCCGCGGCCAGCGGCGACCUCACCUGCAAGGUGUGCCUGCAGAGCUACGAGAGCACACCCCACCUGCUGGAGCACCUGAAGAGCCACUCGGGGAAGACCCCCGGCGGCGCCAAGGAGAAGAAGCACCCGUGCGACCACUGCGACCGCCGCUUCUACACGCGCAAGGACGUGCGCCGCCACAUGGUGGUGCACACCGGCCGCAAGGACUUCCUGUGCCAGUUCUGCGCCCAGCGCUUCGGCCGCAAGGACCACCUGACCCGGCACGUGAAAAAGAGCCACUCGCAGGAGCUGCUGAAGAUCAAGGCGGAGGCGCAGGAUGUGCCCCCCCGCCCAAUCAAGGAGGAGCUCAGCCCUGUCAUUUGCAUGGCGACUGGCCCGCUUCCCAUGGGCCUCUACGGCCCCCAUCUGCAGGCCACGCCAACCUCAGGGGCCCCGUACCAUUCUCUGGUGCCCGGAUCGCUGUCGCCGGCUAUGGCGAUGGGGUGCCACAUGGAGCCCCCCACCUCCCUCCACCAGCAUCACCACCACCCCCGACAUCACCCCUUCCACUCCCCCCACACACCCCCACCCCUUCACCAGCACCAGCACCAGCACCAGCACCAGUCUGGAUCUACCUCAUACCUGAAGAUGGAGAUGGAGUCCUUUCUUAUGGACCUGCAGAGUGGCCUGUCAGGUUCUACCCUGGCUGAGCCCGCCGGCACCCCCUCCCCGCCAAGGGGGGUACUGGACCUCCCCCAGGCCCUGCAGGGUGAGAUGCCCAAGAGCCCUGCCCCCAUUACCGAGUCUCUGUGCGCCACCAGCAUGGACAUGUCCCACCUGAUGGGCUUCCUGCCACUUAACCUGCCCCCCUACAGCGCCCCCCUGAGCACAGGGGGACUGGCCAUGAGCUACAGCACAUCUUCCUCCUCCUCCUCCUCUUCUUCUCAUGGUGCAGAGCUCCAUGCAGCAUCUCUUACUUCUCUACAGCCACAACCUCAGGACCCCCAAGGACUGGGUGGGGCCUCCCUGCACCCACCCCCCUCAGUGUUCAGCAGCAGUACCACACUGCCGCGUUUUCACCAAGCCUUUCAGUGA